AUGCCGAGGAUAGACUCAAAACGGUUGCCUCUCAGGCUCAAAAGGUCAUGCACUGAUGUACUCAAUUCAUCUUUGAUGGCUGACAUUGUUACAAAACAAUGGAUUCAAAUUCAGCGGCUUGAGCAGGCUCUUCAUAUUACACAAAAUUCAAAGGAAUAUGGUUCCAGUGACCAUCUAGUAGAUGCAACUUUGCCUGCUACUGAAGUCAAAUCAUCAGAACUGAGUAUAAGGAAUGGAGAAACAAAGACUUCCGUAGCUUCCGGAAAUGAGCAUGUUGGGGAGAAGCAAUUAACGGAUGUCUUAGUUAAUUGCACAGUUGUGACUGAUAGUGAAGAAAGAGAUCUCGAGAAUAUUUUUGCUAGUCUCAGUCUAAAGCCUUCGAAUCUUCCUGCUCGAGAUGCUCCUUGGAAGUGGAGUCUAAAGCACAAGAUGCUGAGGAUAGACUCGAAACGGUUGCCUCUUAGGCUCAAAAGGUCAUGCGCUAAUAUGGCUGACAUUGUUACAGACAAUGGAUUCAAAUUCAGCGGCUUGAGCAGGCUCUUCAUAUUACACAAAUUUUGA